CAUUUCCCAUUUCCGCAGCCAAGAUUUGGCCUUUCUUAAACUGAUAGUGGCAUAACCUCUCUAAAUCCCUCAACUAUGUCGAGACCAGUAACCACACUCUCUUCUCCAACUCUCAAAAUCCCAUCCUUUUCUCGUCUUUCCCUUCAAACCCACAAAAGCCAAACCAUUUCUUGUCACUCUUUAGCUAUAAAGGCUAGACCUUUAUGCAGCCAUAACCAGACGCUGAAAAGAUUUGGUUUGUUUCUGGACAGUAGAGAUAGGAAGUUGGGGUUUCGUGUUAAUGCAGAGAAUGGAGAAGGAGAGAGCGAACGGGAUGGUGUAUUUGAUGAUGGUGAACGUGGAGAGAGUACUAUGCCUGAGAGGUUUAGGUACUUAACUAAAGAAGCACCUGACCCUCCUGUUAGGUGGCCUUGGUUUGUGGCUCUGGGUUUCCUUAUCUAUGCAUGGAGAGCAGUCUUAUUUGAACUAGGUAACUGGAAAAGGGGUGUCAUAGCUAUUAUUGGUUUUGUGGGAUACCUCCUGAAACUUCUGUUGGCUGUUGUCUUCCAUUUCAUUGGGGAUCCAAUCACCUCUCUGAUCAGAUGUAUAGAGACUGCAAUCUACACAUUUCAGGCUUUCUACUCUGGAAUAGUACGAUCCGCUCCUGUUCCAGAACUGACCUUGAUUAUCAUGCUUGCAUCAGCAGUUCUUGCUAUUGGCGAAGCUGCCGCACCAAACUCUGUAAGCAGGCAACCUUAUCUUCUCACAGUAUCUGGCCUAAUUGGCUAUGCAGCAGUAAGAAACUACAUCUCUGAGCCACUUUUCUGGACACUUCUACUGGGUUUAUAUGCUUUCUCUAGAUUCAUUAAGAAGAGAGAUGAUGUUACAUCUGCCUUGCCUGCUGCAGCUGUACUAGCUGCAAUCGGAGAACCUUGGGUUAGAGUUUUGGUAAUGGUUUCAUAUCUAGCUUUAGCUAUUUCUUACCAUUCAAAGCAGCUCGCCAAAGGAAAGGAAGAAGUUGAAGUUGUGACAGCGGAUACUGGUAGUAGGGUUCCAGUGCCACUGCUGUGCGCAGCUUUAGCCAUUGGUAUUCAUGUUGCUGCUAAGUGGGCUGGCUACCGCCACUUGACAUGGAUGUUAGUAUGACAGCAAAAACUCAACAGUCGUCUGGAGAUGAUGGGCGAGUUUUGAAAUGGCUCAAGGGACAACUCCUGUAGCAGCAACAAUUUUAGUCUUCUGGACUAGGUUAAUCAUUUCUUCAUAAAAAUCUCCCCAUUGCUUAGAUGUGUGUAUCACAUAUGAUCCAUAAGAUUGUACAAUUGUGAGAAUUUAGUGAGAAAAACAAAAGUCCCGGGGACAAUGUUCUACACAUUGAGAAAAACAGAGAAUCCCUCAGGUUGAAGCUA